AUGACGGCCCAUGACGACGCUCGGCAUGGCAAUGCAGAGCCCAUCGCCGUCAUUGGAAGCGGCAUGCGCUUCCCCGGCUCCUCGAGCAACCCAUCCAAUCUCUGGGAGCUUCUGCUCAAGCCGCGAGAUCUCCUCCAGCGCAUUCCGGAGGAGCGCUUCAACAUCGACAACUUCUACCACCCGGAUCCGUCCCAUCACGCAACGACAGAUGUCCGGGAGUCGUACUUCCUCGACGAGGACCACCGCCACUUCGACGCGGGCUUCUUCAAUAUCAAGCCCGUCGAGGUGGCCGCCAUUGACCCGCAGCAGCGUCUGCUGAUGGAGGUCGUGUACGAAUCGCUCGAGGCGGCGGGAAUCCCGCUCGAGUCCUUGGUCGGCUCUCGCACUGGAGUCUACGUCGGACUCAUGUGUGCCGACUACGUCGACCAUCUGCACAAAGACGUCGACACUCUACCCACCUAUGCCCCAACAGGAACGGCCCGGAGCAUCAUGUCGAACCGCAUCUCGUACUUCUUCGACUGGCACGGCCCCUGCAUGACCAUCGACACGGCCUGCUCCUCCAGCCUGGUGGCCGUCCACCAGGCCGUCCAGCUGCUGCGGAGCGGCGACUCGGAUGUGGCCGUCGCGGCGGGCGCCAACAUGAUCCUCGGAGCUGGGCAGUACAUCGCCGAGAGCUCGCUGCAUAUGCUGUCGGCCGAUAGUCGGUCCCGCAUGUGGGAUGCUGAGGCCACGGGAUAUGCGCGCGGCGAGGGAGUAGCAGCCGUCAUCUUGAAGCGGCUGAGCACCGCGCUCGCAGACGGGGACAAGAUUGAGUGUAUCAUCCGGGAGAGCGGAGUGAACCAGGACGGCCGGACCAAGGGAAUCACCAUGCCGAAUGCUGCUGCUCAGAUACAACUUAUCGAGCAGACGUACACCAAAGCCGGGCUGGAUCCAAAGGACCCCGGCCAGCGCUGCCAGUACUUUGAGGCCCACGGAACUGGAACCGCGGCCGGUGAUCCCAAGGAGGCCGAAGCUAUCAGCAGAGCCUUCUUCCACCCCGACGACAGCGUAUCAACCCAUGGCGAUGACAGCAGCCCGCUCUAUGUUGGCUCUAUCAAGACCGUCAUCGGCCAUACCGAGGGCACGGCCGGACUGGCUGGUCUCCUUAAAGCCUCUCUCGCAGUUCAGCACGCCGUCAUACCGCCCAACCUGCUCUUCAACAAGCUCCAUCCUGCCGUGGAGCCCUUUUACGGAAACCUGGAGAUCGCAACGAGCUCCAAGCCGUGGCCGACGCUCGCGGAUGGCGUUCCACGCCGUGCCAGUGUCAACAGCUUCGGGUUCGGAGGGUCAAACGCCCAUGUCAUCGUCGAGAACUUUGUGCCUCCUCCUACCGACACUCUCACACGGGACAGCAAGGCUCUCACUGCUCCACAGCUUGUGCCCUUUAACUUUUCAGCUGCCUCUGGAAGUGCGCUGAGAGGGGUUCUGUCUGGCUACUCGGAAUACCUCCAGUCUCAUCCGACUGUCGAUCUCGGUGACCUCGCCUACACCCUGUAUGCUCGGAGGUCUCACCACGCCGUUCGAGCCAGCAUACCGGCAAGGUCAGCCGAGGACCUCCGGACCAAGAUUGGCGAGCUCCUGGCUGCAUCUCCGGAGGGAAAUGCUGGCUCCAGUUUCGGCACCCGCGCAAAAGAGCUGUCGCGUCCAGUUCGCGUCCUGGGCGUCUUCACCGGCCAGGGCGCACAGUGGCCCACGAUGGGCAGAGGCUUGAUGAAGAGCCCGUAUGUCAGGAAGAUAGUCGAGGACCUGGAUCAGGAGCUCCAGCGUCUUCCUGAGCCAGAACGGCCUCGUUGGACGCUCGUGGACCAGCUCACCUGCGAUGCGUCCGAGUCUCGCGUCGCCGAAGCCGCGUACGCACAGCCCCUGACAACCACCAUCGAGAUCAUCUUGUACGAUCUCCUCCGCAGCGCAGGCGUCAACUUCCAGGCCAUCAUCGGCCACUCGUCAGGCGAGAUCGCCGCAGCCUACGCCAAGGGCUUCAUCACCCGCGCAGAGGCGGUCAAGAUCGCGUACUACCGGGGCUACUAUUCGACUGUCUGCCCAUCCGACAAGCCUGGAGCCAUGAUGGCCGCCGGCGCAACUGCAGAGGACGCCAACGAGCUGUGCGACCUGCCCAUGUUCAAGGGCCGGCUGUGCGUCGCUGCGUACAACUCGCCCACGGCUGUCACGCUUUCGGGCGACAGCGACGCCGUCGAGCAGGCGAGGGAGAUUCUCCAAGACGAGGGCAAGUUUGCCAGGGUCUUGAAGGUCGACAAGGCGUAUCACUCGCCGCACAUGAAGAAAGUGGCAGCUGGGUUCCUCGAGGGACUCAGGGGGUGCAAUAUCCAGCCUCGACAGGACACAACGGAGGGCCCUGAGUGGUUCUCCAGCACCUACGAGAAGACGGAGAUGCGCGGUGACAUGGACGGUGAUCAUGAACUCUCCGGGCCGUACUGGGUGAGCAACUUGCUCCGGCCUGUUCUCUUUUCCCAGGCCGUCCAGGCUGCCGCCACUGCUGCAGGCCCAUUCGACUUCGCCAUCGAGGUUGGUCCCCAUGCAGCACUGAAGGGACCGGUCCUAGAGACACUUGGUGCCAACAGCGACGUGGAAGCGUUGCCGUACGUGGGCCUGUUGCACCGCGGGAAGGACGACGUCGAUACCUUCGGCCAUGCCCUUGGCGCUCUAUGGUCUCGGUUCUCUCCCUCCCCAGUCGACUUCCACACGGUGGACUCGACGACAUCCUGCGCGCUCAGCCGGAACCUCCUGAAGGGCCUCCCCGCGUACCACUGGGACCACGACAGGCUCUACUGGCACGAGUCUCGCAUGUCCAGAGCCAUCGCUAGCGCCAAGAACCCGCCGCAUCCACUGCUCGGCACGAGGACGACGGACGUGACAGAGGAUGGGAUCCGCUGGAGGAACCUGCUGAAGCUGAGCGAGAUGCCGUGGGUCCGCGGCCACCAGCUUCAGGGGCAGGUCGUCUAUCCGGCGACGGCCUACAUCGCCACCGCCGUAGAGGCGGCCAGGUCUCUGUCGUCCGACAAGGACAUUGCCCUGAUCGAGAUUCAGGACUUCAGCCUCGGCAAGCCGCUCGUCUUUGACGACGGCGAUGGCGGCAUCGAGACGCUCUUUACGCUCUACGACAUGGUCAAGGAAGAAGGCGACAAGAGCUAUGUCGCCUCCUUCUCCUACCACGCGUCCACCAGUGCCGACGUGGAACUCCUGUCGACCCAUGCCACCGGUCGAGUCCGCGUGACGACGGGCGAAGCGCAUGAGCGAUAUCUGCCGUCUCGAAAAGGCGAUCCCCCCAACCUCACCAGCGUCUCGGAGGACCGGUUCUACGCCUCUCUGGAGCCCGUCGGCUACGGCUACAGCGGAGACUUCCGGACGCUCUCUUCCAUCGAGAGGAAGCUCGACUACUCGUCCUCGAGAAUCACGGUGCCCGCACAGGACGACGAGCCAGCGCAGAUGCUGCUCCAUCCCGCCAUGCUGGACACGGCGCUGCAGGGCAUCUUCUUGGCCUACUGCUUCCCGGGCGACGGCAGUCUCCAGCAGCUUCAUGUUCCCACGGGCAUCAAGAGCUUCCGCGUCAACGUCGGUCUCUGCGAGAAGCUCCUCGGGCCGCAGGCCAGCAGCCACCUGACGGAGAACCCCAUGACCUCGAGGCAGCUCCGCGGCGACGUCGACAUCUACAGCGACGACGGCGCCGGCCUGGUGCAGAUGGAGGGCAUCCGCGUCGUCGCCUUUGCCGAUCCCACGGCCGACGCGGACAAGAAGUUCUUCACCGAGCACAGGUGGGCGCCGCUCAACCCGGAUUGCGAGCUGGCCAUGGAUGGACAUAGGUCCACGGCCGAGGACUACGAGUUCGCCGAGGUCAUGGAGAGGGUUGUCCUCGAUUACAUGAGGAACACCACCGCCCUCUUCCCCAAGAGCGUCCGCCAAACCAUGAACCUCGAGUGGCACUUUGAGUGCAUGUUUGAGUUCUACCAGCACGUUAUAUCCACCACUGGGACGAGGCAAUACUCCCAGAGGAAGUGGCUGGAUGACACUCCGGCCGACAUUGCGGCUUUAAAAGCCAAAUGGGCGUACAGGACAGAGUUGCAGCUCGCCCGCGCCGUAGGUGACAACCUGCCGGCCGUUCUCAGGGGCGAGACGACGAUCCUCGAGCACAUGACUAAGGACGGUCUGCUGGAUCGCUUCUACGAGGUCGGCAUGGGCUUGCGGGAGUGGACUCUCUUCCUCGGCCGGACCGUGAAGCAGAUCGUGCAUCGCCACCCUCACAUGAAGAUCCUCGAGAUCGGCGCCGGCACUGGCGGAGCUACUAAGGUCAUCAUGAAGGAGAUUGGCCGCGCGUUCGCCUCCUACACCUACACCGACAUCUCGUCGGGCUUCUUCGAGACGGCCCAGCAGGUCUUUGAAGCCCUCGGCAACAAGAUCGUCUUCAAGCCGCUGGACUGCGAGAAGGACAUCGUGGAGCAGGGCUACGAAGAGCACUCGUACGACCUGGUAGUUGCCUCGCUGGUGCUCCACGCGACCACGAAUCUCCGCCGGACGCUGCAAAAUACGCGCCGGCUCCUGAAGCCCGGAGGCUACCUGGUGAUGCAGGAAAUCACCAACAACGACGUCAGCCGCACCGGGUUCAUGAUGUCUGCCACGACGGGUUGGUGGCUCGGCCAGGACGACGGCAGGAUGCUGUCGCCCGGCGUGUCGACGCUCGAGUGGCACCGGCUGCUCCUCGAGUGCGGCUUCUCGGGCGUCGACACGGCCACGCCUGAGAUAGACGUCUUCCCCUCGACACUGACCGUCUGGGCCACGCAAGCCGUCGAUGACCGCGUCUCGCUGCUCCGCGAGCCGCUGUCUUCGUUGGGCACUUACAAGCCAGCCGGCGAGGAGGAGUGGGACCUGGUCAUCAUCGGCGGCCAGACGCUGCGUACGAGCCAGCUCGUCGACCAAAUCGUCCGGCUGGCGCAGCCGCUGGGCGUGAAGCACGCCGUCUACGCGACGCUCGGCGACAUGAUGGGCGCCGCCAAGACGUCGUCCAGCAGCGCCAUCCUGUGCCUGGCGGAACUGGACGAGCCCGUGUUCCGCGCGCUCUCAGAACAAACGCUCAAGGGCAUGCAGCGGCUGUUUGAGACGCAGGGGACGGUGCUCUGGAUCACUCAAGGGUGCAGGUCCGAGGAGCCGUACAUGAACAUGUCGGUCGGCCUCAUACGGACGGUGCUUCUCGAGAACCCCGACCUGGUUGCCCAAGUCCUCGACGUGGACGGCGGCACCAAGCCCGAUCCGCGACAGCUUCUCGAGACGCUCCUUCGGCUGCGCUACGGCACGACGUGGGAGAGGGACGGCAGCAUCGACAAGAUGUUGUGGACCCAGGAGCAUGAGCUCGGCCUUGAGAACGGGCAGCUCAUGGUUGCUCGCGUCCAUCAUGAAGAUGCCAUCAACGACCGGUACAACGCGUCCAGGCGAACCAUAUACCACGCCGUCGACCCGCAGACCACUCCCGUCAAUCUCUCGCUCGGUUCUUCCAAGCCGACUGCGACUGAGGAGGAUGCCUCGCAUGUUCUGAUCAAGGUCGGCCAUUCGCUCGUGGCCCCCGUGCUCGCGGCGCCUCUCCAGCCGACCUACCUUGUCCUAGGUACCAACAUGGCGACGGACAAGUCGGUCGUAUCCCUGACGCCCAACAACGGCUCGUAUGCUUCGGUCUCUCCGGAGGACGUGGUCGACGUCCAAGUGCCUGCCGGUAGCGAGUCCCAGUUCCUGUCCCAGCUGAACAAUCUGGUGCUCGUCGAGAACAUGCUGUCCGUCUGCCGGAGAGACUCGACACUGCUCAUACAUGAACCGUCUCCGGAGCUGGCAUCCAGCAUCGUCGAGGCGGCGUCCCUCCUGAACGUGGCCGUCUUCUUCACCACCUCGUCCGCACCAGCCACCACCGCCGGCCCGUGGAUCGCAAUCGACUCGUACGCUCAAGGGCGAGAGAUCCGACCUCUGCUGCCUGCUGGGGUCGCGGUAUUUAUCGACAGCUCCAAGGAUGCCAAAGAGAGGCAGCUGGGCGCCAUGAUCGCCUCGGCGCUGCCCGACUCGUGCCUUCGGACGACACUCGCGGGGAUACAGACGCUGCAGCACGCCCGGGACUUCACCGUCGCGGAUCUACGUCCGAGGUUCAAUAGGGCGGUGCAGAGGGCAUUGGAACACACCGUCUCUUCGCUCGGGUUGAGCUCCGAGUCGGCGUCCAUGACGUUGGAACAGCUGGUCGGCGGAUCCCAACUCGAGGCAGCUACACCAGCUGUCUUGGACUGGAGCAGCGCCUCUCCGGUUCCUGUGCAGGUCCCUACCGUCGAUGGCCUCGUCCGCUUCAAGAAAGACAAAACAUACGUCAUGUUUGGACUGACCAGCGACUUGGCGCAGUCUACCUGCACAUGGAUGGCAUCGCACGGGGCGAGAAACAUUGUGCUCACGAGCCGCACCCCAAAGAUGGAUGCCAGGUGGUUAGAGACCAUGGCACAGGCGGGCGUGAGGGUGGAAGUCUUUGCAAAUGACAUCACCAACAAGGAAGCUCUCUCUUCGCUCGUAGACCACAUCCGCCAGAACUUCCCGCCCAUUGCAGGCGUCGCCCACGGCGCCAUGGUCCUCGACGACGUCUCGUUCUCCGAGAUGCCGCUGGACAAGAUGACCAAGGUGCUGCGGCCCAAGGUCGACGGAGCCAUCUACCUGGACGCCAUGUUCCGCGGCGACGCCGACGCCCUGGACUUCUUCGUCUUCUUCUCCUCGGCCGUCACCAUCGCCGGCAACCGCGGACAGGCGGCCUACAGCGCUGCCAACUCGUUCAUGACGGCGCUGGCAAUCAAGCGUCGCAGCCAAGGGCUGGCUGCGUCGAUCCUUCACAUCGGCGCCGUCAUGGGCGUCGGCUACAUCAACCGUAACCACGGCUUCUUGGGAAGCGUGCACGAGGCCUCGUUCAAGGUCGGCUUCUUGCUGCUCUCCGAGCGAGAGUUCCAUCUCUGCUUUGGCGAGGCCGUCCUGGCAUCUCACCCGCGCUCUGGGCGGAACCCCGAGGUCAUGACGGCGUUGAGAACGUCGGGCCUGGACGAUGUCAUGAUCCGGUGGCCUAGGUUCCCCCGCUUCCAACACUGUCUGCAGAGCGAUCCCGCAGGGGACGGGAAGACGACCAAGAGAGCGGCUGAUGCUUCAAUCAAGAGCCGGCUAGCCGAGGCGGCCACCGAGGACGAGGUUCGCAUUGUUGUGCAAGACGGCUUCAUUCGUAAGCUCCGGGUCAUACUUCAGAUCCCAGCCGACAGGGAAGAGUCCCAGGUUCUGGCAUCGAGAAUCGACGAUCUCGGCGUCGACUCCUUGGUUGCCGUGGAAAUCCGCUCCUGGUUCUUGAAGGAGCUCCAGACCGAGGUCCCCGUGUUCAAGAUCUUGUCUGGCGGUCUGGUUCAAGAGCUGCUCGACCACGCCGUAGCAAACAUGCCUGGCCGCGAGACCCCGGGUCAGGACGAUGGCUCUUCACCAAGUUCCGAAGAGAUGCUUCCGGAUCUGACUUCACCGGCGGUCCCGAGUGCAAUCGAUCCGACUCCGCCGGCGGUCACGGAUCCGUCUUUAUCGAGGACCCCCCCACAGACCAGCACGAACUCGUCUAGUCCAAGCCGUUUGGGCGACGACGAUUCAGAUAAACAGGACGAAGCCUCGUCUGCCACGUCCGUCUCUAACGAGGUGCCCAAGCCAAGCUUCGACAAGAUCCUGCCCAUGUCCCCUGGCCAGUCCCGGUUCUGGUUCCAGAAGCACCUCAUGGAAGACCAGACGACGGCAAACAGCACGAUAUGCGUCGCCAUCAACGGAACCAUCAGGCUCGGCAGCCUCGAGAGCGCAGUCCAGCAGGUGGCGGCGCGCCACGAGUCGUUGCGGACGUGGUUCUUCGCCGACGAGAACAGGAAGCCUGUGCAGGGCAUCUCGGGAACUUCGCGUCUUCGUCUACAGACUGUGCGUCUCGACGACGAAUCUGGCGUGGCUCGCGAAUUGGAGAGCCUCAGGAACCACGUCUACGACAUCGAACACGGCGAGUGCAUGCGCAUCAUCCACCUCGGUCUGACGCCGACCAAGAGCCAUCUUCUUCUCGGAUCCCAUCACAUCGUCAUGGACGGCAUCAGCCUGGAGGUUCUCCUGGAUGACUUGCAGAAGGCGUACAACGGCCACGAUAUGAUUGCCGAGCCCGCGUACCAGUACUCGACCGACUCUGAGAAGCUGCGCCAGGACUUGGAAUCGGGAGCCAUGCAGGCGGAGAUGGAGUACUGGCGGUCCGAGUUCGCAUCACCGCCGUCACCUCUCCCUCUGCUCCCAUUCUCGGCCGCGAGGAAGCGCAUCCCUCUCACCGCGUACGCGCACAACUCGGUGAGCCGCGUCCUCGACUCGCAGCUCUCGGCGCAGAUCCAUGACGCCUGUCGCAAGCAGAAGGCGAAUCUGUUCCACUUCCACCUGGGCGUGUUCCAAGUCCUCCUGUUCAAGCUUUUCGGCGACGGCGACGUCUGCGUUGGCAUGGCCGACGCCAAUCGCCGGGACGACCGCAUGUCCAAGAGCAUCGGCAUGUACCUGAACCUGCUGCCACUCAGGUUCCAUCUGGACAACCAGCAAUCGUUCGACGAGGUGCUCAAGGGCACGCGCAGGAAGGCGUACCUCGCCAUGUCCAACUCGAGGCUGCCGUUCGACGUCCUGCUCGACAGCGUGAGCUGCGAGAGGUCGACGGCAAUCAGCCCUCUCUUCCAGGCAUUCAUCAACUACCGCCAGGGAGUGAGCGAGAAGCGACGCUUCGACAAUGCCGAGGUUGAAGCCACGUCGAUCGAGCUUCCGGGAUCCGGCUACGAUGUGUCCCUCGACAUCAUCGAGAACCCGGGAGGAGAGACUCGCGUCACUUUGUUGGUGCAGCGGAGCCUGUACUCUGAGAGCGACGCAUCUCAGUUGUUGGACAUGUACUUCGCCCUGUUGAAUGACCUGUCUCGGUCUUGCGACAAGGUGCUAGAGCAGGUGUCGUUGUUCUCAAGCCAAGACAUCAACAAUGCAAUCCAGCUUGGAAAAGGCCCCAUAAUGCCUUCCAAGUGGCCGGGAACUCUGGUGCACCGCGUCGACGACAUGAUUGCCAAGCACCCAGAUGAGACGGCAAUCAGAGACCACAGCGGCGCAUCGUGGACAUAUCGACAGCUUGAUGAACGGGUCGAACGGAUCUCUUCCGCCCUGCUCACGGCAAACACGAAGCCAGGAUCGGCCGUGGCCGUCUUUCAGGAGCCGUCGGCCAACUUUGUCUUUUCCCUGCUCGCCAUCCUACGAGUCGGCGCCGUCUUCGUACCUCUGGACUGCAACGUUCCACCAGCGAGGCUCCGCGUUAUGAUGGAAGAAUCCAAGUGCUCUACGUUGCUCGCCAAUACCACGACGGCUGCUCAGACCGAGAACCUGGGGCUCUCGCCAUCUGUCACUAUUCUCGACGUUCUCCUUCUCCAGGAUGAGACGCCAGUCCGCCAUCCGGUCUCCGCUCGAGCCAACGACCUGGCAGCGGUCCUCUUCACUAGUGGUACCUCCGGAGUCCCCAAGGGCGUGGUCUUGUCCCACGGCAGCUUGCGCAACCACGUAGAGGCCUUGGUGCACACGCACGGGUUUGGCCGCGAGACGGUCCUGCAGCAGAGCUCGGUGGGCUUCGACAUGUCCCUGAACCAGAUCUUUAUGGCCCUGGCCAACGGAGGAACUCUCGUCAUCGUUCCCGAGGCCCUCCGCAAAGAUCCCGCCGCGGUGGCCACGAUGGUGCUGGAAGAGAACAUCACCUACACCAGCGCAACCCCGUCCGAGUAUCUCGCCUGGCUCCGGCACGGCGCGACCGGCCUUUCCCAGAGCACACACUGGGCAUAUGCCACGGCCGGCGGCGAAAAGUUUCCGCGAGAGCUGCUGCAGAGCUUCCGCCAGCUCGGCGGCCGCUUCCAACGCGAGUUCCGCUUCUUCAACGCCUACGGGCCGACCGAAUGCUCCAUGUCUUCGAGCGAGAUGGAUCUCAGCCUGCGAGACCACGACGAGGGCCCAGACAUUCCAGCCGGCAGGACCCUUCCCAACUACAGCGUCUACAUCAUGGACCAAGACCUGGGCGUCCUGCCCGUCGGGUGGUCCGGGGAAGUCUGCAUCGCGGGCGCGGGCGUGGCCAUGGACUAUAUCAACAACGCCGACGAGGCGCGAAAGAAGUUCCUGAAGGACCCUGAGCCCUCUUCGUUGGCUAUUCAAAACGGGUGGACCAGAAUGUACCGAACUGGAGAUAAGGGCGUCCUCGGGCCAGAUGGGACCUUGAACAUCAUCGGUCGCAUCGAGGGGGACACGCAGAUCAAGCUCAGAGGUCUGCGCAUCGAACUGAAGGAUGUCGAGCAGUCCAUACUGGACGCUUCCAACGGACGUGUAAAGGAGGUAGUGGUGACGCCUCGUGGAGACCCAGCCCUGCUCAUUGCGCAUGCUGUGCUGUCCUCUCCGGACGCGCCGGCCCCGGGCCCGGCGGAGAGUGGGGCCCCGGCGGAGAGCGAGGCCCGGUUCCUCCGCAACCUCGCCGCUUCGCUGGCCCUGCCGCAGUAUAUGCGCCCCGCGGCCAUCAUCCCCAUUCCCUCGAUGCCACUGAAUGCAUCCGGCAAAGUCGAUAGGAGGGCCCUCGGGAGACUUGCUAUCCCAAGCAUAGUGCGGGAACCAGAAUCGGCAGUAGAGCUGACAGAGACGGAAUCCAAGCUGGCUCAGGUCUGGCAAGACACGCUGCCACGGCAGAUGCACGAGGUGCAUCGCAUCGACGCGGCUUCCGACUUCUUCCACGUCGGCGGCAAUUCGUUGCUGCUCAUCGAGCUGCGGCAGCUCAUCGACGAGACGUUCCAAACCGGCAGCAUCCCCCUGAUCAAGCUGUUUGAGAACAGCACGCUGGGGGCCAUGGCAACCAUGGUCCAGGGGGUCUCGUCAGGUGCCGACACGGCCAUCACCAUCGACUGGGAGGCCGAAACCGCCAUCCCGAACGACCUCGUCGAAGCCCGCGCACAGCAAACGCCAGCAGCGGCAGUACAAAACAACACGUCUCCCAAGACGGUGGUAAUCAGCGGCGCGACAGGCCUCUUGGGCAGCUCUCUGCUCCGGCUGCUGGCCGCAUCCCCCGAUGUCGCCAAGAUGCAUUGCAUCGCCAUCCGCGACACGAGCAAGCUGGUCGAAUUUGCAAGCUCCCCCAAGGUCGUGCUGCACGAGGGCGACCUCUCCCUUCCGCGCUGCGGGCUAUCGGAAGCCGACGCCGAGUCCAUCUCGGCCGAGGCAGACGCCAUCAUUCACAACGGCGCCGACGUGUCCUUCCUCAAGACGUACCGCUCCCUCCGGGCCCCCAACGUUUCCUCUACAAAGGAGCUUGUGCGGCUCGCGUCCGCCCGCCGCAUCCCCUUCCACUUCGUCUCGACCGCCACGGCGGGCAAGUUCAACAAGUCGGACGUGCUGGCCCCGGAGUCGCUCGCAGGCUUCCCCCCCGAUCGAGACGACCGCCCCGGACUCGCCAACGGCUACGCGGCUUCCAAGUGGGCCGCCGAGGUUUGUCUGGAGAAUGCCAGCCGGCAGCUCGACCUGCCCGUCUUCGUCCAUCGGCCCUCGGCCAUCAUCGGCGACGACGCGGGCGACGACGUCAUGUCCAACCUCGUCGAGUACGGGUCCCUGAUCGAGGCGCUGCCGGACUCAAGCCGCUGGACUGGCUACGUGGAUCUGGUAUCUCUGCAGAACGUCACCGAAGGUAUCGCCCGCUCGGUCCUCCAGCCGGCCCCAGAUGCCGCCCGGGUCGAGUACCUGCACCACGCGGGCGACCAGGUUAUUCCCGUGCAGAGCAUUCGGGACUUGCUGAGCGGCGAGGCGGCCAGCGGCCUGGAGUCGCUGCCCAUGGCCGAGUGGGUGGAGCGUGCUGUGCGGAGUGGCAUGAACCCGCUGGUGGGCGAGUUUCUGCGCAACGCGGACGCCGACGGUGGACUGCAGGUCGGACAGAAGCUGUUGUUGAGCAAGGAAGACUAGGUGCCUACCUAUGAGGUAGACUAGUCACACAAAUAUCGGUUGGGGGAGCUGAGGCAAAAUAUGUUAUAUGCUGGAUGGCAGGCAGGGGUGGACUUUGGUAAUUUGGGGUUUUAGUGUAUGGAAUGGCGUUAGGCAGCUUCGCGGGUUUUUAUCUUCUAGAGUAAAGAAGCAGUGUAUUUUAAAAAUUCAUCCCUCUAUUACUUACUUUCGGG